GAACCACAAGUGAUACGAACGAGAAAAUUCAACAUUACCUACAAUUCAUUCAACCAGUGUGUUGUGAAGUGUAUGUACGUAUGAACUUGGUUGUCAACAUUCGAGGCCAGAAAUAUUAACACUUUUUGACUAAAUAAUAAGUAAGGUAGCUAAAUAUUACAGUACACAUGAAUUUCAAAACUCAAGAAGUACCACAUUUAAAUGUGGAAGUAUGUGAAAAUGAUAUCCAAAAUGGGGCCUUGCAAAUUUUGAAAGUUAUUAGACCCAAUUGGGAAGAAAGUAGCAUAACAUUUAAGCUGUUGACAGAUGGGAUAACCAAUAAGCUGGUAGGAUGCAAGCCCGAAGAAGCAGAUGAUGAAGAAAUAGUCCUCGUCAGGAUAUAUGGAAACAAGACAGAUCUGAUCAUAGAUAGGAAAGCGGAAACAAGAAACAUUAUUCUCCUUCACAAGGCAGGAUUAGCACCAAAUCUCUACGCAACAUUCAAAAAUGGUCUGGCUUAUAGAUACCUUCCUGGUUGUACGUUAACUAGUGAAUCUGUUAGAGAACCGACAAUAUACACAUUAGUAGCUAAACAGCUGGCACUUCUACAUAAGGUAAAUCCCAACAAUGGACCUUCAAAAACAUUUCUUUGGGAUAAGAUUAGGCAAUUUUUAGAUUUAAUACCAGACACAUUUUCGGAUCCUGAGAAACAUAAAAGGUAUGUAAAAAAUGUAAUUCCCAAAUCGAAAAUAGAAGAAGAAAUGUAUGAACUAAAAGAAGUUAUAGAAAAUUUAGACAGUCCUAUAGUGUUUGCCCAUAAUGACCUUUUAUUGGGUAAUGUCAUUUACAACAAAGAAAAAAAUAAAGUUACGUUUAUAGAUUACGAAUAUGCAGCUUUAAACUACCAGUCAGUCGAUAUAGCGAACCAUUUUGCAGAAUUUGUAGGUAUAGAUGAAAUUGAUUACUCCUUAUAUCCGAACAAAGACUUUCAAACAAAAUGGAUAAAGGUAUAUCUGAAGGAAUAUAAUGGACAAGAACCAUCUAGUAAAGAAAUUGAAAAAAUGUACGUUCAAAUAAACAAGUCUUCGUUAGUAACACAUAUCUUUUGGGGUGUUUGGUCAUUGGUGCAGGCGGAACAUUCCUCAAUUAGCUUUGAUUACAUGGGGUAUGCAGCUAUACGAUUUAAAGAGUAUUUCAGCAAAAAGGACCUAUUUCUAAGUUUGGAGCUACCCAGCUGAUCUGGAAGAAUCUAGAAUAUAUAUUAAAAUUUAGUGAUAUUGGAUGAUAUCAAAAAUAUUUUUUGAAAAUUAGACUAGUUUUAAAUGAGUUUAUUAUUCUAACAAAUUAGAGUAUAGGGAAUAAAUCUCACAUAAAAGAGUAAAAAAGCAAACGUAUGUUAGAAGAUUAUAAAAAUAGAAAUCAGAAUAUAUUAUAUAUUUAAAAUAUUUAUUAUUAAAGUUUGUUUUCAUACUAAAUUAAUCCUGCAUUUUUUUUAAUAAUACUAUGGAGAAUGUAUAUUUUUGUAGGUAGCUAUAUUUCCAAUUAAUAUGCAGGUACAUAAUAUUUAAAACUAGUGUUAUAUGUUUAAAUACCUAAACACGUACAUGAAUUAACACAUCUUAAAACGUAUAAAAUAUCGAACACUGCUUUUUCUUUCAGACGUGUAGAAAAGUAAUUGUUAUUAGUAUUACCACAUUCGAUUAAAUUAAUUAUUUUUUGUUCUCUUUCCCUGUGAUCUUAUUUAAAUACCAUACUUACAUAUAUAUUAAAGAAAAAUCACGUCUCAUUAAUUUUUGUGUUUUGUUGGUGGUACUGUGAUUUAGAAUAGAGUUAGGUCAGAAGGAAUCGAUAGUAACAAAAUAUUAAUGCAAAUCAAAGGUCUUAAAUGUUAUAAAUAUAAUUUUCUUUUUUGUUUGUUCUAUAAACAUUGUAGAAGUGACAACAUUUUGUCAUUAUUUUCAUUUAGGUUUGAUCUGAGAUGAGAUCUUAGUUUAUCCUUUUUUUGCAUAUUUUUGUAUUUUUGUAUGUCUCUGGGUCGUUUUUUAUUUAUUUCUAUUCUCCAAAAUACUUUUAUCUCCAAUUUAUAUAUUUUUAUAUCUCAUAUAUAGCCUUUAUCUACCAUUUGAUUGUUUGGACUGCGUGUGUCUGAUAAUUUUUUAGCUUGUAUAAAGAAAUUUUCUUUAUUUUAUUAUUUUUAAAAGAAAAUUACGCCAAAAAUAUCUGCCUACUUAAUUCUACGAUCUUUUUACGGUGUCUCUUUUAGUACCCUGUCCUGUUCAUUGUCUUAAAACUUGCAUUUUAAUCUGUUGUCAUACAUCCUCAUAGGUGAUUACUCUACCAACAUCUCUGGAGCCUACUCAAUUCUGCGAUAGGUUCUGAAAUAGAUCUUGAUGCAACCAUGACCUUCGUAGAAGUUCAUAACAGUGGCCACCCAUGUUGUUUUGUCCUUUCAUGUAAAACACUCAUGGUCUUUUUCACGAAAGCACAUAGCAGUGACUUUACAUUUGGUGUAAAAAAUAAUUAAAAAAAAGAAAAUUAAUAUUACACAGUAUUAUUAUCAUUUGUAGAUAAAAUUGGCUCU